AUGGAGCCAGUUCAGACGCAGCUAGCUCGAGCUUCUCCAGCUUUAUGUCAAUAUGCAGGAACAUCGAACCCAUCAAUCCAUCCCGACCGUCUGUCACUCGCCUAUAUGUCUCCAUGGAACACAUUCGCAACGGACGCUUACCAAGUGUUCCAAGAGGCUGACAUUGCCCAUGAAGUUCCGUUGAACGACGAGACGGAACUUUACACAGUCGGCAAUGAGCUUGGUUUAACCGGGAGGUUUGUCCGUAACGUCUGCGACCCAGUCAUCAAAGCCCUCGAACCGGUUCUAGGUAUGGCGUCAAUCCGAUUUGCCGAUUUUCAGGCAAUCUCCACCCCAGAAGCCACUAUCCCAGACGUAUGUUUGGGGCUCAUUGCAACCAGGCCUAGACCUAAUAAUGUUCAUCUGGUUGGAGAAAUGAAAACGCCUUGGACCAUCUUGGACGAAUAUCUUCAUCUCAACCGACCCAGUACAUCUCCUCGCCUUGAGCCACUGAUAGGACAACUUGUUGGUCAGAUGCGCACAUGUUCAACUCGGUUUGGAUUUUUAUCCACCUACGACUCUACCGUUUUUGUGAAACGAGAAGCCGACUAUUCUUUCCUCCUUUCGCCGCCUAUUUGGCAUGGCGUUACGCAGCCUUCCCUUCGCCAGUUACUUACUGGUUUCUGUCUAAUGGCCGUAUCGGAGCCAAAAUACAUUGAAAGCCCAACAUUUGAGCCAAGGAAUCUACGAGGCCCUCCUCCUGUCCGCGUGUCCUCCCGUAUAACUGGAAAUUCCGCUUACCCAUCCCCGCCAGUGGCGAAUCAAGUAGACACUAUCACAUCGGAUAGUGUAAUCAUUAACACUGGCGGAUCUACCCCUACGGUCGUGAACUGCCUUCAGCAGUUAUCAGACUCACGCCUCCAAGAUAAGGCGACCUGGUUAGCAACUAUGGGUGGAUCAACGGUGAUCCUAAAGUGCUGGGGACUUCAAUACGAUGAGCUAUUUCAUGCGGAAGCAGAAGUGUACAACCGCAUUUGGGCCCAGCAGCCGACCGGCUAUCGCAGCUUCACCAAGUGGAUCUCCAGGGGGGAGAUUGUCUGCUCAAGUAUAUUCCCAUCAGGCUAUGUUCUCGUUCUGGAGCAGAGACGCGGGAUGCGGCUUGACAGACUAUGGCAUACUCUAUCCGAGGCCGAACGGGCUUACGUUCAGUCCGAAUGCCUUAACGGCAUUCAUGCUUUGCGACAAGUGGGCAUCCGCCUUGAUGAUCCUGGGAAGCACAAUAUUCUCUAUGACAGAGAUAGUCGUGUGGUAACUCUGCUUGACUUUGAAAGUGCGCAAGAGUUAGAAAGCCGCAUGUUCAUCUCGACAUAUUUUGAGAUGGGUAUCAUAUUCGGCUCUGAUCUUUUGCUGGGCCAUCCAUCUGGAGGCUAG